GAACCUGUGCACAUACACAAGUGCGCAACGGUGGAUUAUCUAUUUAAUUUUAUCCCACCUCACCUCAUUGGCUCCCUGACGCACCCUGGUUGGCAGGCGACGCCAGGUGUCAUGGCCAACACGAAGUUCGCCUUACCAGUCAAUAAAUGUGAAAUAGAUGAUAAGUUGGACCUUCUUUCGCUUGCAUAAUUAAAAGGCGCGCCGCACUAUGAUAGCUCAAUGAGUGUUUAAACAUUUGUAUAUUGCGCCCGGGCUGUCAGAUAACAGAUCUUCCAUCCCAUUAUCAAGCGCUCGUCAGCAAGUUCUUCCAUAUCGGUCAAUACAUCGUUGAUAGGAUCAGAUCAGUGGUCAACCAGUGUUAGUGGUGGGUCCACAAGAACGACGUAUCCCGUGGUGUAAAUUAUCAUGCACCUUUUGCACUCUACGACCAAGAAACUAGAGGAAUUUGUCAAUCCUCCAGAUUAUGCGAUACUCUCGCACCGAUGGCGCGAGGAAGAAGUCCUGUUUGCAGAUAUCCAUCAGGAGCAUGCGAAAGGCAUGAAAGGCUAUGCCAAAGUAGAGGGGUGCUGUGAACAGGCGCGGCGCGAUGGGUAUCAAUACGUCUGGAUUGAUGCAUGCUGCAUCGACAAAAACAGCAGCGCGGAGCUUGCAGAAGCAAUCAACUCCAUGUUCACGUGGUAUGAGAACGCCCAGGUAUGCUACGUGUACUUGGGCGAUGUUGCUGAUAACGGAGACCCGGGAACCGAGUCCGCAUUUGCGCAAAGCGACUGGUUCACCAGAGGGUGGACUCUACAAGAGCUCAUCGCGCCCACGAGCUUAUUCUUCUUCGACAGCCACUGGAGGGAGAUUGGAAGCAAAAACAGCUUGGCUGGGCUUAUCUCGUCCAUUACGAGAGUGCAUCCCGACGUAUUGACGCGCGUAAACGCCGGCUCAGACAAGUUAAUGGCCACCAGAGUAUCCUUCAGCGUCGCAACCAAGAUGUCAUGGGCUGCUGGGAGGAAGUCAACUAGACCAGAAGACAGAGCCUACUCCCUCAUGGGAAUAUUUAAGGUUCACAUGCCUGUCAUCUACGGAGAGGGGGAGAAAAAGGCUUUUUUCAGACUGCAACUGGAGAUUAUGCGUACUUCGCAUGACCAGAGCAUUUUUGCUUGGAGCAAUCCUUUGGCAGGUAGCAAAAAAUCAGGGACUUGGCCCUUCGCUCUAUACCCCGAUUACUUUGCCAAGUCAGACAACGUUGAAGACGUGCCCUCCGAUCAAUGGAUACGCUAUAGCCAAGAAUUCAUUAGCUCAGAUGUCCCCAGGCUUGACUUCGCCGCCACCAACGACGGCUUGGAUAUAAGCCUUCCCUUACUACCUCUGGUGGAUGAAUCGGACGAGUUCAUCGCCCUCCUGAGCUGUCAACGUCGCACAAGCGACGGAGAGCAGCAUUUCGUCGGUAUUCGUCUACGGCGUUCCAUGCCCAAUGCGGAACGCUACGAGAGGAUAGAUGAUCAUACCCUCGAGGACAUCAUCGACCCUCGUCAAGAAUUCAAAUUCAAACAAAUACACAUUUCGUACCCGUUACUAUCGGGUUUAUCCCAUGGUACUUUCUUCAGCACCUCAACGUCGCUCUUCAUUCAAAAUAUCGGGGUAGGAUCGCACGGCUUCUCCGUGAUCGAUGUGGAGACGGCGCCUUCAUGUGUCCUGCAGAUGCGCGACAGUAAUUUUGUCCUGCAGAUGAGCAGGCCAUUCCCGCUACUGAAGCCCUCACAAGAUUUCAAAGGUUCACACCAUCUACCUCAGACUGUGGAUUCCUCGUGGUUAGCAUCGUUCACCUACCACAACUCAACGACGACAGAACAAUUCAUCGUCACUGUGGGGAUAUCUUGGGUACAAGAUGGGGGCCCAUGGCUCCGAAUUACUCCAGAGAAGCAUCCUGAUCAACUCAGUCGACUCAAGAUCGACUGGACUUCUUACCAGCUCAAAGCAGGCAGGAAAGUGACAGCGUCGGUGAAGAGCGGUGGUCACGCUUCUGCUGGCAAGAAGCGUUCUAUAAUGUUCGACCGGUAUUCAGUCAAUAUAACAGUCUACGGUGACCUAUAGGCUAUGACUCGGAAAUUUGGGAGAGGUUUAAAUGGUCGGCAUUAGGCAAGGUAUGGCUACUCGUGUAAAUCUCAACACUGGUGACGAGCGGGUAAUGGGUCGUGGAGCGAUGAAUCUAAGAUCACCCGCGAAGGUGGAUUUAAUAUGUAGGCCUUA